CCUAUUAAUUGUGGCCAAUCGAUCCGCCCAGUUUUCCCGUGUGCUCCUCUGAAAUUUCUCGGCAUGCUUGUGAUCUCUUCCCAUCUCAUGUGUUUGAUUUGGCAAAGCUUGGAGGUUAUAAUUAGCAGCAGCCUGAGUUAAAACGGCAGCAUCUGAGAGGAGAGGAGAGGGAGGCCAAGCAAACGACGCAAUUAAGCGCUCUGCUUACGCCACACACGUAGCAGCAGAGGAGUAUUUAGCAGCCAUUGCUAUGCCUUCUCUGCCGUAGCGUCGACAUUGCUCUUGCGAUCUAGUGCCUGCCUGUGCCUGCAUCCUCCCAUUGUGUUGAAACCUGCAGGCUUCUGGUGCUGAGAGCAUAAUCAUAGAUAAUGUGGAACUGCUCUGCACCAUCGUCUCUGCUCAUACCGUUCACUGACGACUACGUUGCAGUGAAAUGCGAAGCGUCUAAUUCACCUUCCACAACUGUAGGCUUUGACAGAAUGAUCGCCGCGGACUAUGACCUGUUCCAUCACAUGAGCUUCUCGCCGUCGCUUCAGAAUCUUCAGUCACCAACGUUUUUCACCACGAGAAGUUCAGAGAGCUACUUGGGAGAGAGCUCGAUCUAUGGCGGAGGCGCCAGGCCUGCACUCGCGCAGUUCAGCUAUUCCCAGCCAAUUGCUGCUACUUCUGCUGCUCAUUUGGUGAGAUGGACGGCGGCCGGGGAGCCGAUGACCGGCGACGGCGGUUUCAGGAGCUCCAAGAGGCUCAAGACAGCAACUACGGCGACGACACAACCUCCAAGGCAUGGGGUGAAGUGCCAUGCAAAGCCAAGAAAUCAAACUACGAAGGCAACAUGUAAGAAGAGGAGCCAGAAACUGGGCGACAGAAUCACAGCUCUGCAGCAGUUAGUUUCACCUUACGGCAAGACAGACACCGCAUCGGUGCUCCACGAAGCAGCCGCCUGCAUACGGCAACUCCACCAACAAAUCCAGAUUCUGACAGCGCCUUACCCUGGAACAAGCUCCUCCUCUGCAUCGUCGCAGCAGCAGGAUGCCGGAGGAGGAGGAGGCACGGCGACGGAGCUUCGCCGGCGAGGCCUGUGCGUGGCGGCGCUGUCGCCGGCCGUCGUGAGCCUCGCGGCAGAGGGCGGUCGCCGCCGCACGGACGUCGAGGAUCAGAAGAGGAUCUGGUUCAGUAAUCAGUAGCUGCAACUGUAAAUUAAACGAGACGUGGCAGCUCGUUUGAACUUACUCUAAUCGGAGUUACGGGAAUACUACUAGUUUGGAUGUUUGAUUAGCAGUCACGCGUCCACGAAGUUACGGGGCUGUUUGGUUCCCAGCCACACUUUACCAUUACUUGCCAAUAAAAGUUGCCACACCUUGCCUAAGGUGAGGUGAUCAAAUUGUUAGCCACAA